AUAUUGAAAAAUUAUUUGAAAGUGUAGUGGGUUACAACUUCAAAUAAAAAAAAGUGUAAGAUGUCUAUUUGUUUAUAUAUUUUAAAGAACUUCUAUGCAGCUACAUAACUAACAUUAAGAGCUAUGCAGCUAUAUAAGAUUAUGAAUAAAACAGGAAUGAAAUUGAAAUUGUUUUUUUAUUUGACAAUAUUACAAGGUUAUUGUUAUGGUAGCAUAUUAACUGAAGAUUUCUUAAGUGAUGAUGACCAAAAGGUUUCUUGGGACAAAAAUAGCAAUUCAUUAGACGAUAUUUUUAAAACUAUACCGUUUUUUAAAUUUCAACCAUCGGAAUACAAUGACGAAGAAAACAAUUUACUUCAAGAUCCAACUCAAAUUGAGGAAAUAAAAGAACAUAAUCAAUUAAAACCAAAAGUAUCAAUUGACGUUAUUAUGCCAUCAAAAGCACAUGCAACAAGCAAUGCCAUCUCUAAUCGUUCGAUAAGCUCUGCAACUUCACAAAGUAGUAUUUUGUCCACUGUGUUUUUUUCUACUCAGACAAGUUAUCAAAUCAAAUCAAUGACCUCAGAAAGCAGAAAAGAUACAUCCAUUAAAAACACAUACAACAGUGUAAGCAUUACAUCAGCAUAUGUUAGUAGCGUAAUUAUUCCAUCCAUAAAGAUUUUAAAUUUCUCCUUAAAUAGGAAUAAGACCAAGAUACUACAAGAAGAAAAAAAUUUUAUCUUAGAAAGUACAUCACGUCUGUUAAAGCCAACUUUAACUAUGGAGAUGACUUAUUUAGUUUCCUCGACUCCAGUAGUAAAUCAAUCUCGUUUUACCAACAUCCAUUCAGAUUUUAGCGUCAACUGGAUUUCAGAUAUGAAUAUUCGACUUCCAGAUGAAAAUGGGUAUGGAAGUAGUUUAGAGUCUAAAGAGAAAGAUAAAGAAAACAAAGAUAAAAAUUUUCGGUAUUUGUAUUCAUACAUAAUAAUUCCAAUAAUGUCUGGUGUGAUUGGUGCCUUAACCAUUACUUUUGUUAUUCUGUUGUAUAACUGCAUCAAAAAAAGGAAGUUAAAGAAAGUGCGUUACUAUGGUGCAGAGAAUGUUUCUGACUUUUAUCGAUUGGAUCAAAUAAAUCUUCUUUCAACUUCAAGUUCAGACGAAGACUGAUUUUGUUCAAACUUUAAAUAUUUUUGAUUAUUGUAUAUUAUAUUGUAUCAUAACAAGGAAUUUCAAAUUCUUA